UAUCAUACACAUGCACAUUGAAAGAAUGUCGCAAGGAAAUAUUCAAAUGACGAUUAUAGCUAAAAGGGCAAUGGAUAUGUUCAGAAAGAUAAAACCAAAGAACACAAAAAGUAUUGAAAAACACUUGGGACACGAAAAACUUGGAGAGGGUUGGAGUGAGAACAAAGAAGCUGUUUCUGAUGGUCUGACAUUUCAUUUGAAGUACAUAGGAUCUACACUUAUUGAAGAAGCUGCAGAUGGAGAGAGCUAUCGGGAUGGACAGAGUGAAAAAGCUGUCAAUAGUAUUGUUGCCAUGGCAAAGACGGCUAAAAGUAAAUUACGAAAAGUAACAUUGACAACUUCACCGGAGGGUAUGAAAGUUUUAGACAUGGCUUCAAAAGAAUUGUUGAUUGAAUGUAGUAUAUUUAGAAUAUCUUUUUGCUCUGCUGACAAGAACCAUGAAAAAAUAUUUGCCUUUAUGGCAAGAAAUAGCAUUAAUGAAACCAUGGAGUGCCAUGCUUUUCUGUGUGCGAAGAGAAAAAUUGCACAAGCAGUAACGUUGACAGUGUCCAAAGCAUUUGAAUUGGCCAGUGAAAAGUGGAAUACAGAAAAUGAAAAUAAAAAUUCUAAUGAGACUGCACAGUCAAGAUUAGAGGAUAACAAUUUCAAUAAUUUAACAACUAACUCAAAUAAAAGAGAUGAAAAUAGUUCACCGAUACCAAAACUUCAGUCACCAAAGUCUGUGAACAGAUCCUCACCAACACCUAAACAGAGUAAAGAAUGGCUGAAAUUUGAAGAUGACAAUUUAGAUGAUGAUUUUUCAAGGCUGGCAGAAAACAGAAUUAGAAAAGUACCAGUAGCUGAAGUGCCACCAAGAAUGGACAAGAUACCAUCCUUCCAUACAAAUUUAAAAAAAGAAGAUAUGGACGAUUCUAUUACAAAAUACCUAGACACUAAAACAUGUAAUGAGGAAUUUUCUCGCCAAAGGUCAAUGGAAGAUCUGCUUGUAAUAUAAUGCCUAACUGCCACCUGAUCUCACUAAUAACCACACACAGGGUACUGAAAUCAUCCAUUCAACCAUAAUACUAGUGCUAUAGAUCUGACAGGUAACCAGUCAGAAACCAAAUCAUGCCAUGUGCUUUUAUUGCAGAUCUGACUAAGUACCAAAAGUAGGGUACACAUGUAUCAGAUAAUGCCAUCCAAUUAUUAUCACAAGUGCUUUUUUGUUAUUAAGUUUUUAGUGCUUUGUAUUUGUCUCUAUGAGAUGUAUAAAUGCACUUUUAAUGUUGCUCAGAAAUUGUUUUUAUAGUUUGGGUUAUGCAGGAUGUGAAUAAACAUGUAUGUUUUUUUUAAGCAUGUUAAAAAUGUCUUAGUCUUCAAAUUUUUUUUCAUAAAUAGGGCCCUCUCAAACAAAACUGUUGUUCUUAAAACUCACACAUUUAAAAUUUGACAAAAGUUAAUAGAAUCAUAUAAACCAAACUGCAUUCAUUUCCUCUUGUUGUUAUCUGAUUUAUACAUAACUGCUUGUUUUCCUUAUAUCUAAAUUUUUAUCAGCAUAUCUUGGAUUACUUAUAUAUUAAUUUUAUAUUAAAGAAAAUUAAUUACUUGCACAUUUGCAUUCCCCGUUCUGGAUUAGGAGCUUAUAAUUUUGUGCCAAUUGCUGUUAUACUUUUAUUAAUUUUUUUUUGUGUCAGUAUUUAGCUAAGGCCAUGUGUUUUUUCAAACAAACAGGAUUUAAUCAAUAUUGUGAAAGAUUAAAAACAAAGUUUGUCUCUGCAAGUGAGAAGGAGUUCAUGGAAAUAUUAGUGAAAUAUAGAAAGAGAUAAAUUUUUGUUUUGUUAUUCAAGUUCAUUAAUUAAUUCUAAAAAUGUAUAGCAACUAAUCUAAUGCACUCAUGCAUACACACACACAGAAAAUUUGAAACUUAUAAUUAGAAUUCAUAGGAAUAAUAUUAGAAAAAAAAGAAUGUCAAAACCCUCAAGUCUUGAAAUAAUUCUGAUCUAGCAUUGUAAUUUGAUUAAUGCACAAGUGCCUGAAUAUAUAGAUACAAAGAAUCCAAAGUAAAAACUUUUUGAAAAAUCAUUUAAUGAAUAAUUGAUAAGAAAAUAAUAAAUGAGUUGCCGACCUGUGUAAGAGCUGUCAAUCCUUCAAAGGAAUUUGCAUCUAUCUAGCAUUGUCAUUUGAUAUCUGGGCAGAGAGAGAGCUUUUAAAGGCUGUGCCUGUUGCUCAAUCCUUUUCAUAUCUUAAUGAAUAAAAUAUGUUUAAAAUCUAAAUUUCUGGGCAAGUGUCUAAAUUAAACAAUGUGUGUAAGAGCCGUCAAUCCUUCAAAUGAGUUUGUAUCUAUCUAGCAUUGUCAUUUGAUUUUCUGGGCCAGGGACAACAAAAAGUGUAAGAGCCGUCAAUCCUUUAAAUGAGUUGUCACCUAUCUAGUAUUGUCAUUUGAUUUCUGGCCAAGUGCCUACAAAAAGUGUAAGAGCUGUUAAUCCUUUAAAUGAGUUGUCAUCUAUCUAGUAUUGUCAUUUGAUUUCUGGCCAAGUGCCUACAAAAAGUGUAAGAGCUGUUAAUCCUUUAAAUGAGUUGUCAUCUAUCUAGUAUUGUCAUUUGAUUUCUGGCCAAGUGCCUACAAAAAGUGUAAGAGCUGUUAAUCCUUUAAAUGAGUUGUCAUCUAUCUAGUAUUGUCAUUUGAUUUCUGGCCAAGUGCCUACAAAAAGUGUAAGAGCUGUUAAUCCUUUAAAUGAGUUGUCAUCUAUCUAGUAUUGUCAUUUGAUUUCUGGCCAAGUGCCUACAAAAAGUGUAAGAGCUGUUAAUCCUUUAAAUGAGUUGUCAUCUAUCUAGUAUUGUCAUUUGAUUUCUGGCCAAGUGCCUACAAAAAGUGUAAGAGCUGUUAAUCCUUUAAAUGAGUUGUCAUCUAUCUAGUAUUGUCAUUUGAUUUCUGGCCAAGUGCCUACAAAAAGUGUAAGAGCUGUUAAUCCUUUAAAUGAGUUGUCAUCUAUCUAGUAUUGUCAUUUGAUUUCUGGCCAAGUGCCUACAAAAAGUGUAAGAGCUGUUAAUCCUUUAAAUGAGUUGUCAUCUAUCUAGUAUUGUCAUUUGAUUUCUGGCCAAGUGCCUACAAAAAGUGUAAGAGCUGUCAAUCCUUUAAAUGAGUUGUCAUCUAUCUAGUAUUGUCAUUUGAUUUCUGGCCAAGUGCCUAAACACAGUGUGUAAGAGCUGUCAAUCAGUUAAAUGAGUUAGCAUCUAUCUAGCAUUGUCAUUUGAUUUCUAGGUAAGUGCCUACAAAAAGAGUGUAAGAGCCGUCAAUCCGUUUAAUGAGUUGACCUCUAUCUGGCAUUGUCAUUGGUUUUAUAGGCAACUGCCUACAAAAAGUGUGUAAGAGCCGUCAAUCCUUCAAAUGUGUUGGCAUCUAUCCAGCAACGUCAUUUGAUUUCUAGGCAAGUGCCUACAAAACGUGUGUAAGAGCCGUCAAUCCUUUGAAGGAGUUGACAUCUAUCUAGUAUUGUCAUUUGAUUUCUAGGCAACUGCCUACAAAAAGUGUGUAAGAGCCGUCAAUCCUUUGAAGGCGUUUGCAUCUAUCUAGCAUUGUCAUUUGGUUUCUGGGUACGUGUCUACAAAAAGUGUAUAAGAGCCGUCAAUCCGUUAAAUGAGUUAGCAUCUAUCUAGCAACGUCAUUUGAUUUUUGUGACAAGUAUCUCCUUUCCAAGAUUCUUCAAGCUUUAGAAUGAAUUUGCAUCUAGCGUUGUAAUUUGAUUGUUGUGCAGGUCCUCAAAUUCAUUAAAAUUCUUAAAUAGCAGUCAAAAUAAAAAUAAAAAUGUCUGUAAGAGCAGUCAAACCUUUAAAGAGAUUUACUUCAAGUGAAGUAAUUUUACUUUAUGACAAGUUUCUGAAUACAUAAAAACAAUGAGGGUUGCAAUAAUAAAAAUCUUGAAAGAGCCGUUAAACCUCGAAAUAGAUUUGCAUCUUAUGUAAUAAUUUAAUUUCUGUUUUAAUUUGAAACUCUUGAAUAGCAGUCUUACUAAUGAAUAAUUAAAAUAGUCUGAAAGAGCAGUCAAUCCUUUAAAGACAUUUUCGUCAAGUGAAGUAGUUUUGUUUGCAAGAGCCGUUAAACCUCGAAAUAGAUUUUCAUCAAGUGUUGUAAUUUGAUUGCUGUACAGGUCCUCAAAUUCAUAAAAAUUCUUGAAUAGCAGUCAAAAUAAAAAUGUCUAAGAGCAUUCAAACCUUUGAAGAGGUUUUCAUCAAGUGAAAUAAUUUUACUUUAGAACAAGUUCCCAGAUACAAAGAGAACUAUACUUUGCACUUAUAAAAAUGUUUGUAAGAGCCGUCAAACCUUGAAAUAGAUUUGCAUCUAGUGUAAUAAUUCUGUUUGCACAAAUACAUGAAAGCAGUCUUACUAAUCUUACUAAUGAAUAAAUAAAAAAGUCUAAAAGAGCAGUCAAUCCUUUGAAGAGAUGUUCGUCAAGUGAAGUAAUUUUGCUUUAGAACAAGUUUCUAAAUACAUAAAUACAAAGAGAGUUGAAAAAAAAAAUCUUGUUAUAGCCGUCAAACCUCAAAAUAUGUUUUGGCUAAUGUAAUAAUUAAUUGAUUUCUGUUUGCACACAUACACAUUCAGAAAAUUUGAAACUCUUGAAUAGCAGUCUAUAUUAUUGAAAAAUAUUAGUCUGAAAGAGCAGUCAAUCCUUUGAAGAGAUGUUCGUCAAGUGGAGUAAUUUUACUUUAGUACAAGUUCCUGAAUACAUAAAUACAAAGAGAAUUGCACAAAUAAUCAAAUAAAUUGCAUCAAUUAUGAUAAUUUUAUUUUUGAAAAGCAGUAAAAAAAUAAUUCUUUAAGAGUAUUCAAAUCUUGAAAGAGGUUUUUGUCAAGUGAGGAUAGCACUAAUAAAAAUCUUGUUAGAGCAGUCAAACCUCGAAAUAGAUUUGCAUCUAGUGUGGUAAUUAGAUUUCUGUUUGCAAACAUACACCCACAGAAAAUUUGAAACUUUUGAAUGGCAGUCUUACUAAUGAAUAAUUAAAAAAUUCUGAAAGAGCAGUCAAUCCUUUAAAGAGAUUUACGUCAAGUGAAAUAAUUUUACUGUAAGACAAGUUCCUGUAUACAUAAAUACAAAGAGGGUUGCACUAAUAAAAAUCUUGUUAGAGCUGUCAAACCUCGAAAUACAUUUGCAUCUAGUGUAAUAACUUGAUUUCUGGACAAGUUUCUUAAUACAUGAAAAUAAAGAGAUUUAGGUUGAUAAAAAAAAAGUCUUAAGAGCAUUCAAACCUUUAAAGGGAUUUUUGUAAAGUAAAGUAAUUUUAUUUUAGGACAAGAUCCCUAAUACAUAAAUACAAAAAUGGUUGAACUUACAAUAAUAAAAAUGUUUGUAAGAGCUGUCAAACCUCGAAAUAUAUUUGCAUCUAAUGUAAUAAUUUGAUUUCUGUUUGCACACAUACACUCUCAGAAAAUUUGAAAUUCUUGAAUAGCAGUCUUACUAGUGAAUAAUUAAAAAAGUCUGAAAGAGCAUUCAAAUCUUUAAAGAGGUUUUUGUCAAGUGAGGUAAUUUUAUUUUAGGACAAGUUCCUGAAUUAGGUAAUUAGGUAAUAAAAAUCUUGAAGGAGCUGUUAAACCUCGAAAUAGUUUUUCGUCCAGUGUAGUAAUUUGCUUUCUGUUUGCACACAUACAACCACAGAAAAUUUGCAUCUCUUGAGUAACAGUCUUAUUAAUAAAUGAAUGAAUGAUAAAAGAGUCUGAAAGAGCAGUUAAUCCUUGAAAUAGAUUUUCAUCCAGUGAAGUAAUUUUUUAUUUCAUGAAUUGCUUUAUUACAAUGAAAUUGAGAUCUAUGUUGAAAAAAGUUGGCCACUAGAAGUAAGAUAAAGUUUUUUUGAAACUGAUUGAAAUAUUGCAUACAGAUUUAUAGAUAUUAUUCAUGUAUGGCUAAAGAAUUAAAGUUAAAAUGGUUUAAGGUCAGUUUUAAAACAUGAAAAUUUCACGGUCUCAGAGAUUUUGACAACAUAAUUAAUGAUGAACUUGAAUACAAAAAUGUAUAUCUUAGUUACACCACUUUACAACAGUAAGGUUAAUGGUAGUCUAGACAAACUUAAGUGUGGAGCUUCUGAUGUGAAAUAUAUGUGAUCGUGUGCAGUGUUUUUGAACUGCACCAUACAGAAAGCUAAAUGUCUGUUAUAUUUUUUAUUUUUUUCAAUUUUUAAAAAUAUGUACUGUAAAUUCAGAAACUAUUGAGUGCAUUUAAUAUUGCAAUUUUGUCAUUUUAGCCUAAAAUUCUAUUUUAAAUUUUUCGAUAUUAAGAAAAUCCUGUGUAAUCCAUAUAAAAUCUUCCUAAAUGCUAGUUUAAAUUAUUGCCAUUAUAACCCUGACACAUUUUUCGCAAUAAUUAAAACAUACCUAUAAUUUCUGAAUUUACAGUAUUUGUGAUCAUGUGCAUUGUUUUGGAAAUGGUCCAUACAGAAGCUAAAUGUCUGUUAUAUUAUUAUUUUCUUCCAUUUUCAAAAAGAUGUAUUUUGAUGUUGAUCUGUUUAUGCUGAAAGCAAAUUUGUAGUUACAUUAUGCAUGAAAAUAGUAUAACUGUCAUCUCUGAUUUUUACCUUUCGUGAAUAUUCAUGUAACAUUUCACUUGCAUGGAAGUCUGUACCAAAAGUUUGGCAAGCAAAAUAUAAUAGAAUCUCACAUGCCAGCAAGUCUGCCAAAAGUUUGGCAAGCAUAAGAUAACAGUAUCUCACUUGCCAGCAAAAGAUAAUAGUAUUUCACUUGCCAGUAAGUCUGCCAAAAGUUUGGCAAGCAAAAUAUUUAAUUUAAUUUCAAGGGGUAAAAUGAAAUAUCCAAGUACAAUUUUCUCUUCUUUCUAGUUUCGUCAUAAGACCAACUCCUUUUGAAUGAAGAUUUUAGUUUGUUAGCCAUCUCUUCUCCCAAGUUUCAUCAUAUGACCAACCUCCUUUUCAAUAAAGAGUAUGGUUUGUUAGCCAUCUCUUCUCCCUAGUUUCAUCAUAUGACCAGCCUCCUUUUCAAUAAAGAGGUUUGUUAGCCUCUAUUAUUAGCUUGUAUUGUCUACCUCAUAUUCCCCAUCCUCCUCAGGCUUCCUAUAGAGAGUAACUGCCUUAGGUGGUUACAUUUUAUGAUCUUCAAAGAAAUAAAGUAUUGUAAUAUACUAGUCCUGUAUUAAUGAAAGUGAAUUCUUUGAGGCCAGAGAAAAUAAUUUCCUAGAUUCACAUCUCAGAUUUCACUGUAUUUAUUUUCUGCAGUGAUGUGUUUAUUGUUUAAAAAGUAAAGGUAACACUAUAAAUUUUCAAGUUGGAAAUUAUUUGUGCUUAUACCUGGAAAAUAGUGAAAUUUUACAUGUCUGCACAUGCUAUAUGAAAGUUGGAAUGUGAAUUUAGGAGCUAUUUGUAUGGCCUUGGAAAGUUUUUUUGCAACAUUAAGCAAUGCACACAGAAAAAAAAUGGCUUAUAAUAUUGUAAUCAAAUAAUUUGUAAUUCUAAGCAGUAGUCAUUUUUUGGUAGAUAAAAGCAAACUUUCGAUUUUGAUUUUUUUUUUGCUAUCCGAAGUCAAAAUGGACUGAACAUGAGUUUUAAAUCUGACAAGGUUCACUCACUACACUGAUAUACAAAAUGUAAUAUUACUAAGCAAUUGUCUGUUUAUAUUUUUUGGAUUUAUUGUUUUGUUAGGUUUCUGUCUCAUUACAACUGCACCAUUUAUUCACAUGCCAUGCCUAGAAAUUAAGCUCAAUCCAAAAUGAGUUGAAUGAAUGCCAAAUUUAUUUUCUUGAUGCUAAAAUUUCUUAAAUGAAGUUUAAAGCAUACAAAUAUCUAUUUAUCAUCAUUUUGUUCUGAAUUUAUCUCCAGUUUAAUCAAAUGUUAAAUUAUCAAAUAAAUAAUUUUCAAAACAAAAGCCUAGAAUAAAAUGAAGGAAAACAAUCUGUUGCUUCCACAUGAAAUUGUGAAUCUAAAAGAAACCAAUUUAAUAUUGCUUGCUCAGUCUUUAUUUUUUUAGCAGAGAAAUUAUUAUUUUAACAAUAUACAUGCACCAUUUAUCAUAAUUUUAUGUGUUGGUCUGAAUUCUUUUGAUUAUUAGAAUAACAAAUUAAAUCCAACAUUUUGUGAAUAAAUACUGAAAUUAUAUUAAUAAACAAAAUGCAAUACAUAAUUAUAUUCUGCAUAAUGUAUUAGAAAUGGGGUCUUAUUUGCAAUAUAAUAACUGUGUUAUCAAGAAUAAUGUAUAAAGAAAAUAAUAUGAUAUAUAUAUUGUCCAUAUAAUCUAUGCAUUACACAGUAAUAUACAUGUAUUUUUUUCCUGUUUCCCAAUCCAAUUCAAUUUAUUUGAAUAAAAUAUUGUUUAAACUUAUAUACAUGUACAAUAGUUAGAAAAUAAUUGCUUUAUAAUACCUAGUUAUAAUUAUUUUAAGUUACCAUACUGUUGGCGCAUGGAAGUAUCUUAAUUGAUGCUCAACUUUUUGAAUGAGGAUGUAGUUAGGGUAUAGAUUGGUUUCGAUAUGACACAAUUUGAGUGAGUUAUUGCCCUUGACCACCAUUUUCAUGAGAUAAAAGGUGGACUUAUUUGACAAACUUUAUUGAAACAUGUGAUACAGCCAGGUCUGAUCAGAGAUCCUUACUAAAUCGUAGUGAUGAAACAAGCAAA